CGUGUCUCUUUCUCGCAGCUUGGGCUCGUUUCGCGCGUAAGUAAUGCACGCCUCGCUGUAUCCAGCUGUUACUACUUGGCCAAAGCUGCCUCUCUCUCUCUCUCUCUCUCUCUCUCUCUCUGUUUAGAUGGGAGACCGAAUCCGUCGCCGAGUCACUGCUCUAUCGACUCCAGGAACGAUUUCACGGACAUAGGGCCGCUUUUUCUCAGGUCGAGCGAUCCGAACGGUAUCGUGUAUCCGGAGCCGUCGAGUCCGACGGUUCUGAGGUUCGAUCACGGAACCGAUGUUCUGCUCCUCUGUGCCGGGAGCGGAUUGAACGUUUCCAAGGCUCUGAAGGCGGAGUCCGUUCUGCCCGCGAAAUGCGUGGGUGGAAGGACGUUUCGAGUGGAUGGAAAGGAGGUGGACUUCAAGGACGUCUGGUGCCAGAAGCACCACAAGUCCAAGGUCAGGAGCACCGGGAAGAAGUGCGCCAGCAGAGGGACGAUCUACGAGAUCGGUUUCGAGGCUGGAAAUGUAUUCCUGAGGAACAUCGAGCUCUGCUACGACGCAAAGUCCUCGAAUACCUACUGGUCUCGCGGUACGGUGGUAGCCUCGAUCGCCGGUAAGCAGACGAAGCCGAGAAAAAACAACUUCAACACCGGCAACAUGUUCUCCGGCGUCUCCGUCAAAGCCGCCUACAAACGGGCCGAGCAGUACCUCACCUUCCUCGCGCUUUUCGACGACGAGAAGUUCGUGGUCGACAACUACCUUCCGAGGAACGACAACAACCUCUUCUUCGCGAGGGGCCACCUCGUGGCCAACGCCGACGAGUACUACGGCGCCCAACAGGACGGCACCUUCUUCUUCGCCAACGUCGUGCCCAUGUGGCAGCUGAUCAACAACGGCAACUGGAAGAAGGUCGAGGACUGGGUCAGACAAACCGCGGCUGGCAAGAGAGUCGAUCUGAGCGUUUGGACGGGUAGCGUGGGAGUAUUGGAACUGCCCGACAAGGAGGGAAAGCCGAUCGAUAUCUACCUGACGCCAGUCAAGGACUCGCCGAGGAAGAACAAGAAAAUUCCUGUGCCGAGGAUACUGUUCAAGUACGUCGUCGACGAGGAGAGCAACAGGGGCAUCGUGUUUCUCACCGCGAACAACCCCUUUCUGAGCAAAUCCGACGUCAAGUCGCAGACCAUCUGCAAAGAGUACAGCGGAUGCAACGGGCGCAUACAGAAGAGUAAGGACAGGAGCAAGGGCUUCACGUACUGCUGUACGGUGGACGAUUUUCUGGCGAACAAGGAGGUCGCAAAGCUGAAGUUGCCGCAGUUCGCAGGUGUCAGACCGCUGGUUGCUGAUUUUACGAUGGCUGUUGGAGGAGUGACUCUGCUGCUCGCGAUUCUCGGUUUGGCGGCUGUUCACGAGAUAUCCGCAAGCCCCAACGAGUGCGUGAUCAACGUGAGGAAUGGCAUACACAAGCAGCGUCCGCCCAUCAUCGUCAGUCUGACCAGUAGUCCGAGCUUCGUCUACCCGAACGUAGUUGAGCCUGGCAACAUCGAUGUCAAGAAGGGCCAGACCAUCAGCCUCUACUGCCCUGGUAGGUCGAACCAAGCCAGUACCAAACAGACCGAAGAUGGCGUCAUCCUGAUCCGCGACAAGGCGCUGACCCCGAGUAAGAACAUCGAGGUGGCCAUAUGCCAGGGCAACGACAAGUUCCGCGUUCGCGGUGAGGUGGUCAACUUCUUGGACAUCAGCUGCGAGGAGAAGCCGAGGCUGAGCUACAGUCCCGUCAUGGUAGAAGCCGGCAAGUGCGAGCACGGUGAUCGGUACGAGAUCGGUUACGACCUGGGCAAGAGUGGAUUCUUGAAGACCAUCGACUUGUGCCACAACAAGGAUCGGGCCCAGACACUCUGGUCCCACGGAGUCAUCGAGGCGGUCAACCAGGAGCAGUACAGGACUACCAGUCCCGGCAAGUGCUUCAAGACUGGAAGCUUGUACGAAGGCUUGCAGAUGUCCAAGGAGGAGCCGUACAACGUUAACAAGGCUUACAAGACUCUGGCCGAUAUCCUUGGAUCAUCUGCCAAGGCUGACAAGUACAUGUCCCCGAAGCCAAGCGACAGAAAGUUCUUGGCCAGAGGUCACCUGGUGGCAAACGCGGACAAGUUCUACAAGAGCGAGCAGGACAGCACGUUCUUCUACGCGAACGUAGUGCCGAUGUGGCAACAGAUCAACGCCAGUCCGGGCAACUGGUUCUUCGUCGAGGAGUACGUCCGCUACUUGGCCUUCCACAAGCAGCGCGAGCUGGACAUUUACGUAGGUGGCUUCAAAACCCUCGAGCUCGAAAAACACGAAUACAACCUGUACCACAAGAAGGGCACCGGUGGCCAAACGAAGAAGAUACCCGUGCCACGUUUGCUGUUCAAGUGCGUCGUCGACAAACAGGCCAACGAGGCUAUUUGCUUCGUUGUCGUGAACAAUCCGUACGUGACGAAGGCUGAGGUCGAAAAGGCUGCGAACAAGUACAUGGUAUGUAAGAGAGACAAGAGGUGCGACAGGAUCAUCCCGAACAGCGGCGAUCCGACUUUGGGAUACUUGUACUGCUGCGGUGUGAAGGAAUUUUUCAGUAAAGCUCACAGCGAGCUCGGACUCGACGAUCUCAAGAGUCACAUCAAAGCCAAGCCUAUGGAACUGUUGACUUAUGAGAGGCGCGAAACGCCUCAGAAAAUCAGAUAGACAUAUACUAUAUUGUAUAAAAUGUUAUGUUUGUAAAUUAGAUUUUAUACUUCGACGUUGUGUACUCUGUUAUACAUAUGAUUAUAUGUGAUAUGCAAUAAAAAAAAUUUCAUUAAAAAAUAAAAA